AUGUUAAAUAAAUUAAAGGCAGGUGCUUCACGUUGCGAUCAAACACAUUCAAUCUCACUCUUAGCCACUCGUGCUAAAUUAUUUGAAAAGAUCAUGUUAGAUAGGGUAAAGUAUUAGGUAGAAACAAAUAAUGUAGUAUUUGCGGAACAACCAGGAUUUCGUCCUGGCUGUCUGCUGUCUACCAGAAUUCUAUCGAUAUGUCAAGAGGUUAAAAACAAUAUGGCAGAGAAUAUUUCAACGUUAACAAUAUAUGUUGCCUAUCAAAAGGCUUAUGAUAAAGUUUAUCGUGAAGGUCUUGUUGUUAAGUUGAACAGAAUAGAUAUACAACAAAGAUUAUUGAAGUUAAUAGUUUUAUAGCUAAAUAAUCGCAAUGCCUACGUUUAUUUUGGGGAACGUAACUGAAAUAUUUUCUGCAUUCAUAUUAGCCUAUUGCAGGGCAGUAGUUGAAUCCAUACCUAUUCAUUGUUAAUCAUUGUGAUCUCGUCUCAUGUAUAGGUACACACUCUAGCCAUAUUUUUACUGAGGAUCUUAACAUGCUUAUAGCAUCACCAGUAUCUCGAAAGCUUCAACCGAUGAUUAAGUUUUUAGAAGAAGAAGGUACAAAUAUAUGUAAGAAAAUAGCUCACUAUUCCAAGAAGUAUAAACAACCGAUUAAUAUAUAAAAGAUGGUCGUGGAGAUCUUUCAUUCACAGGUACAAAAUACGGUAGUCGAGAUAUAUAUUCAGGGCCAAAAAUUAUAAUUAGUUAAAGAAUUUAAAUAUUUAGGGUUCACUUUAACAAGUAAGAUGACAUUGAAAUCAACGAUUGAUAGAGCACUCGAAAACAUCCAAAGAAUUUUCAUGAAAUUAAAAUGAAUAAAAAGCGAUAAAAGCUUAUCAAAAAAUGUCUCGCAGAGCUGUCUUCUCGCAUAUAGUUUCUCAUAUUCUGCGUGGAUAUUUCCACUGUAUCCAAUGCUUCGUCAUACUAAAAAAGAACUUCUUCCAAGAAAAUUUAGAAACGGAUUAAAUCUGGUUCAUCGCUGUCUUUUUGUGAGAGCAAGGAAUAUUUUACAAAAUAAUAAAAAAAGAUAACUUAGAUGUAUAUAUAUAUAUAUAUAUAUAUAAAGAUAUAUAGAGAAAAGAGUAACUCGAAUUAAAAAAUCUAACUUGAAUCGCUCGACCUUUUACAACAAUAUUUUCUAUUGGGGAUACUUUUUUUAAAAGGAAAAGCGAUUACGUAGUUCAUGUUUAUUAAAUGAAACGAAUCAAACUUUUUUGUGAAAGGCAUCAAUGCCUACUCCUUUAGUGGCUUGAAUUUUUAGAAUGAUGAAGAUUCUUAUUAAGGUGCGGUGGUACUCAUCGCUUUGACUCAUAUCUUUUCGUUUUCUUCUUUUUUCUUUCAUCUUUUCUAUUCUCUUCUCAUUCUUUCUGUCUUCUUUUUAUUUUGUCUUCGUCUUUUUUUCUUUUCUUUCAUUAUUGCCUAUUUACUCCCCCUCUCCCCCCCCC